CCGAGACGUAAAUCUGCCAAACAUGGCGACGCUCCGAAGAGAGUACGGCGAUUGGAAAUGCGACCGUUUUUAAUCGAGAACAACAACCUCCUCCUCGCACGUUACAAUGUGGUGGGGCUAGCCACGUCCACUGCACGCACAGCCUUUUAGACGAUGCUCGCAGAGGCCAGUCUGUCCAUCUGGGGAUGGGGGAGUCUUGGAGUUGUGCUGUUCCUCGUCACCUUUGGACCCUUUGCCAUAUUCUACCUGGCGUUUUAUAUCUUCUGCUUCGUUGGAGGAGGCUUCGCGGUCACUCUGCUCUAUGGAAAGAUCAACUCAGAGAAACACCUGGAAAAAUGCGAGCAUUCUUACCUCUCACCCACACAGAUUGGUAUAGUGAAGACAUUGGAUGAGAUGAAGCUGGAGAUGAAGCCCAUAAAGAUUGACAGGAGACUGACUGGCUCCAGUUUCAUAGAUGAACCACUACAACAGGUGAUCCAGUUUGCUCUGAGAGACUACAUCCAGUACUGGUACUACACUCUGAGCGAGGAUGAGUCCUUUUUAUUGGAGAUCAGACAGACACUGCAGAAUGCCCUCGUCCAGUUCUCAACGCGGUCCAAAGAGGUGGACUGGCAGCCUUACUUUACCACUCGCCUGGUGGACGACUUUGCCACCCAUUUACGUGUCUUUAGAAAAGCCCAGGAUCGCCUCGCCGACAGAGAGGACAAGCAGAGAGACAUAACGGAGGAGCUGGUGGACUCUUUCUUCGAAGCCGAGGUGGAGAUGGAAAGGAAGAUUUGUCGAGACGUGGUGUGCACCUCAAACAAAGACGAAGAAGGUUUUCUUCGAGACUUGUGUGAGUUGCUUCUGUAUCUGUUACUACCUCCUGGAGAUUUCCACAACAAGAACAUGAGAUACUUCCUAAGGGAGGUGCUGGCUCGUGGUGUGCUGCUUCCUCUGAUCAACCAGCUGAGCGACCCAGACUACAUCAACCAGUUCGUCAUAUGGAUGAUAAGCGACUCCAGCUGUAACUAUGAAGCGUUCAUGAACAUCCUGAAGCUAACAGACAAGCCUGCUGAGCUGGAGGCGGUCAAGGACAAGGUGGUGGAGGAGCUGCAGUACCUCCGCUCCCUAGACACCGCUGGAGAUGACAUUAAUGUGAUCAAGAACCAGAUAAACAGUCUUCUGUUUGUGAAGAAGGUGUGUGAGACCAGGAUUCAGAGGCUGCAGUCUGGCAAGGAGGUGGACGCCUUGAAGCUGGCAGCCAACUUCGGCAAGCUGUGUGUUAUCCCACUGGAUCACAUCCUCAUCCACAACAUAGCCCUACAGUUCUUCAUGGACUUCAUGCAGGCAGCGGGGGCUCAGGCCGAGCUUUUUUUCUGGCUCACUGUGGAGGGUUACAGGGUGACGGCUCAGCAGCAACUGGAGGCCAUGCAGGGCUGGCAGAAAGAUGGCAAGAAACAGCCCAGCGCCACCAAGGGACUGCUGAAGGCUGCAGCACUGGGUGUCUACGAACAAUACCUCUCUGACAAGGCAUCUCCCAGGGUGCAAGUGGACGAGGAGUCGGUCACAAAACUGGGGGAGAAGCUGCAGAAAGAUGAUCCUACGCCAGAGAUAUUUGAUGAAAUCCAGAGACAGGUGUAUGACAUGAUGCUACGUGAUGAGCGCUACUACCCCUCCUUCAAGCAGAGCCCUCUCUACGUCCGCAUGCUAGCAGAGCUGGAUAUGCUGAAAGAGCCGAGCUACCGGGGAUCUGAUGAUGGCGAUGGAGAAUCUUUUAAUGGCUCUCCCACAGGAAGCAUAAACCUAUCUUUGGACGACUUGUCUAACUCCUGCCACGAUGACACUAUGCACCUACAUGCCUUCAUCUCCGACACAGCUGAUGCUUGUCUCCCCGGCUUCUGGGGUGCCGCAGGGGUUUGCAACGACCACGGUAAGACCUAUGCGCUGUACGCCAUCACUGUGUUCAGACGCAACCACGAUGGCAGUGAGGACUGCUGGAAGACCUACCGCCGCUAUUCUGACUUCCACGACUUCCAUAUGAGGAUCACUGAACAGUUUGAGAACAUGGCGUCGAUCCUCAAGCUGCCAGGAAAAAAGACUUUCAACAACAUGGACAGAGAUUUCUUGGAAAAGAGAAAAAAAGACCUCAAUGCUUACCUACAGUUGCUGCUGAACCCAGAGAUGGUGAAGGCCUGCCCGACUCUGAUUCCCUAUGUCUACGACUUCCUAGAAAACAAGGCCUACAGCAAGGGCAAAGGAGAGUUUGCAAGAAAGAUAGACACAUUUGUAAAUCCUUUGAGGAGCUCCAUGAGGAAUGUGUCCAAUGCGGUAAAGGCCCUGCCAGACAGUCUGGCUGAAGGGAUGACCAAGGUGUCUGACAACAUGGGCCGCAUGUCAGAAAGAUUGGGCCAGGACAUCAAACAGUCCAUACUCAAGGUGCCCCCGCUCCUCCCCAAGUCUGAAAUGGAACACUGUCGAGUCUCCGCCCAGCUUGAUGACAAUGUUGAUGAUAACAUCCCACUGAGGGUAAUGCUGCUGCUGAUGGAUGAAGUGUUUGACCUGAAGGAGAAAAAUCAGUGGCUGCGCAGGAACAUCAAGAACCUGCUGCAGCAGCUCAUCAGAGCUACAUAUGGAGACACCAUCAACAGGAAAAUUGUGGAUCAUGUGGACUACUUGACCUCACCAGAGCAGGUGGCGGACUACGUCAAGAAGUUCAGGGAUUCCUACUGGCCCAAUGGAAUACUGGCUGAGUCACCGCCCCGUCGGGACAAGAACAUCCGCAUGAGGACACGAGUAGCUGCCAAAACCAGCCUGCUGGGUAUCAUGCCAGAUGAGCUGAAGCACAUCAUCGGAGCGGACACCACGAGAAAGGGCAUCCUGCGGGUCUUUGACAUGUUCCAGUACCAACCCAUGAACCGUCGGCUAGUCUACGUUUUCCUGGAGGGCUUCCUGGAGACGAUGUUCCCCCAGUACAAAUUCCCCGAGCUCUUUGUCAAGCUGCACUCCCGCUCGCCGCGCAUCCACAGAUACAGCCAGAAACUCAAAUCCUCCUCCCUCAAGAGGUGACAGGAAAGGACAGAUGCUAGACACACACACAGACUUGAGAGCUAAGAGUGAGGUAUGUGAGUGUGCGUGCUUUCUGCCCUUCCACUUUGCUCACACACUCUCGAGUGAAAAACACUCCUAUUAUCCAGCUGAUUGUUUCUGUCAAAACAAAACUGAAGGAUGAACAACCGACUCUCGCUCUGUGACACACACAUGCGCAAAACACAAGUCCUGUAAUUUGCACCAAGACUGAACAUGGCAGUCUUUUCUUUUAACGUCUAUCUUCUCCUUCCUUUUUGGACUUUUUAGUUGUGUUUAGCUUUAUCCAGGGCCAGUCGAUGCUGCUUCCAUGUGGUCCGGAGAGCAGACCACAGAUACUGUUUUGUUUUUAAACUGCAGGAGUAGAUAGCAUAGACCCACACCUUGCCUUACCCUCCCGCUUCUGUCUUUCAGCCAACUCAGUCUGCCAUCGCUGAGCCGGCUGCAGUCACACUGACCCUCAUGCUGUAGACGUUCGAUCUGCAAAAUCUGCACACUUGUAAACAUGCAACAAUAUUUUGUUUUCAUAGCAACCAAAUAUGUCAAUAUCACUGGGUUGAAGAGGCAUUGUUUUUUAAAAUGUGACUGAACAAAUAUGGGUAGAAAAGGAGGAUUUUUAUUUUUAUAGUCCUUUUUUUUUUUUUUUUCAGCCUCAAUGCUUCUCUUGGAUACUAUAUUUUUUUUCUCUCCCCUUUUUGCUUUUCCAAAGCGUUACAUCAUCACGAUCCUCAAAGAAUAGGCCACUCCCCCUUUAAUGCUUCUGUCAUAACCUGACAACCAAAGCUCAUGCUGUUCCUCUGUGUGCGGGUGUGUUUGUGUGUACUGGUCUGAUGACGGGAUACACUAAACUUUAGUGCUCCAUAUCGAUAAUCAUGUGAGGAAAGAGAAUGCCAUGCUCUGAGGCUGUGAGGACACACCGAAGUGUGUGACAGCUGUGGGAAGCUUGUCUCUGGCUGUUUAAGCGCACUAUCAAAGAAUGUACUCUCUGGUCUAGUCUGUAUUUGGCUCGUAUAGAAUUUCCUGUGAGUGAGUGAGUGAGUGAAUGAGUGUGCGAGCUAGUGAACCAGCCUUAAAACCAUAUACAGUAUCUACUGACCAAGAGACGCACGCCAGACGGCGUUCUCCUUCACAUGAUUGAACAUUACAAUGGACAUCAACAUAGAGAUAUGGAGAUAUAUCCCUAAUCACUUUUAUUCAGACAAUUAAAUUUUGUGCAAUAUUUUUUUCUUUUUCUUUGAUGCAUGUGCAUUUUGAAUCAUUUAUACUGAAAGAAGUAAUUCACAUUGUUUUAAUAGUAAAGAACAUGAAAGAAUUUCCCCGGAGACGUCUUCUUACCCCAACAACUUAACAUUCCGUUGUUGUAAAAGUACAAUGUUUAUUUUACAGACUUGUUUUAUAAGUCUGAUUGUUUGUUUAUGGUGCGUGGGGAGACUUUUCCACUUUUCCUCACCCACUCGUGCAGAAUCUGUUUUGGGUAUCGAUUUGGGCGGAGUCAGGGGCGGGGCAUCUGUGUUGCGGCCUGGUUUUCAGCUCAUUGGGAUAUAUAGCUAGCUCAGAGGCGGCCUGAAACCGCCGCUUCUGUUGAACUCGCGAGUGUAGCUUUAUGAAUUCAGGCUCGUUCUGUGGAGUUUAAAAAGAUCUGAACUGACAGCUGAGGGACUGACCCCUCCCCCCUCCUCCUGUCCAAUGGACUCGCAUGAGAGCGGCGUCCUGUGACCAAUGGAAUCACUGCUAAUGAGCACUUACCGUAGCAAUUGUGAGGGCCUCUCCCAUUGGCCGGACUGAGCCCAGUUCUGCUGCAGUCAUUGGCCGAAACUCCCCUCGGACCCAUGAACUGGAGCCUCUCUCAACAGGUGAAUGAGAUGUCACCUUUAACUCUCUGCACACCUCUCCAUACAGGAAGGCUUGUCUGUUUUUUUUAACCCCACUAUAUAUGAAUCUAUUAUAAAGAAAAUUGUGCAUAUGUGUACAGUAUGUGUUAAUAGUGUGCCUAAAUGUACUGUCAACUCUAUUUUCAUAUUUUUCUUUAACCUAAAAAAAGAAAAAUCAGAAUGUCAUGCUCAUUUUACGCAACUGAAAAUGACUUUAGGGUGUUUUUUUUGCAUCAUGCUUAUCAAACUGUUCCCUGUGAGCCACCGUGCUCAGAUCAGUAUAACACUAAUAAAAGGUUACUCAGA